CUUUGGUAACGGAAAUGAAUCUGUCGAAGCUGAUCAGGACGAUGUUGAAGACGGAGGCGGUGCACACCAGCUGCUGGUGACUGAGCAGGAGACCCACUGUGUGUGGCUAUCACACAGAAUGGAACAGUGGAAAUGAAAGUGAAGGGACUCAUCUCUCAUCUAGAUGAAACUCAAGAUGCUGACCAGGAAAUUCUCUUCAGGGAGGAAUGGGUAACUGCGGAAUUAGAAAGAAAGGGAAACAGGACCCUGUGGUGGGUGCAAAGCACAGCACGGCGCUGCCAGCCCUAGCGCACACACCGCACCCCUUCCUCGAGCAGCCCCCACGCCGCCCCGGCCACCCGACGCCUUCUGCCUUCCCGGGGAUUGGAAUCCUGAGACACUUUCCACAGGUCAACGUUCCACGGGGUAUCUGCCCGCUGCCGAUUGGCUCCCACAACGCUCGCUGCUCCUUGCGACCAAUCAGAAUUCUCCACAGUGCUUACGUCAGGCACGGGCUCGCUGCCGGGAAAGUUUGAAAUUUCCGAGACUGGGCGGGACGAGCUGAGCUGAGCUAUCGGUCCGGGACAGGGAGCGCGGAGCAGCCGUUCGCCAUGGCGCAGGGGGAGCCUGAGCCGGUGCUGGCGGUGUCCGGGGAGGAGGAAGAGAAGAAGGAGGGAGGGGAAGGGCCGGAGCUGGCCCCGGCAGCUGGCGGUGUCGGGCUGCAGGAGAACGUGCAGGGCCUGAAGCAAGAGUUGUUCCAAGAAGAUGAUGAUGACAGCUGCAGUGAUUAUGGGAGUCGUGACAAAUCAGGGACCAUUUUAGGAAGGAUUGUGCCAGACGGGAAUGUGCUUUUCCCAGACACGUUCCAAACAAAUCACCUUUUGUUUUAUGAGCGAUUUAAAGCCUAUCAGGAUUACAUUUUGGCUGACUGCAAGGCCUCUGAGGUAAAAGAAUUCACAGCUGAGUACUUAGAGAAAGUCCUUGAACCAUCUGGAUGGCAAGCAAUCUGGCGAACUAAUGUGUUUGAGGUGCUGGUCGAGGUUGUGGAUGUGGAGUAUUCCACUCUGAAAGCAGUGGUUCGGCUCAGUGAGCCCUUCCUGUGUGACUCCCACGUUAGCACCUUUACCUUGGAGUGCAUGCAAGAGCUCUUGGAGCUGAAGAAACAUCAGUUACCCGUGCAGGAGCUGUGGGUUGUGUUUGAUGAAUCUGGAGAGUUUGACCAGACAGCCUUGGCCAUAGAACAUGUCAGGUUUUUCUACCAGCACAUCUGGAGGAGUUGGGAUGAAGAGGAUGAGGAUGACUUCGAUUAUUUUGUCAGAUGUGUUGAACCUCGACUAAGACUGCGUUACGACAUACUGGAGGAUCGUCUCCCUUCUGGACUCACUGCUGAUUAUCACACUCUGCUGUCUCAAUGUGAGGGGCUCUACAGGAAGUUCGUAAACCUGAGGAGCGGCCUGUCAAGCGGUGACUCUGACUCUGAGGCAGAAAAUGUCUCCAUGGUGGAAGGCUUAAAGCUGUAUGAGGAGAUAGAGCAUCUGAAGCAAAACCUGAAGCUCAUUGAGAAUCCUCUUCUGAGGUAUGUAUUUGGUUACCGGAAGCACACUGGUCUGCAAGCCAAAGGCUCCCGUCCAAUGGGUACGAAGAUCACUCAUGUUGUGUCUUCUACUAUAAUGGCAAGUCUGUUACAGUCUCUGCUCAGGGAGAAGCUUUGUCCUGAGACCUGUGAUGAAGAACUAGAAAUACAGUUCCACAGUGAUCCACUGACAGCUGUCAGUGCCUGCUAUGAAGGAGAUACUGUCAUCAUCUGUCCUGGUCAUUAUGUUGUAGAUGGCAUGUUCUGUAUUGCUGACUCAAUUGAACUAGAAGGGUAUGGCCUGCCAGAUGACGUUGUGAUUGAAAAGAGGGGCAAAGGAGACAACUUUGUUGACUGUACAGGGGCAAAUAUAAGACUCUCCAGUUUGAAGCUGGUUCAGCAUGAUGCUGUAGAGGGGAUCUUAAGUGUUCACCAUGGGAAAACCACACUCGAGAACUGUGUGUUACAGUGUGAAACUACAGGUGUUACAGUGCGGACAUCAGCAGAGCUAUUAAUGAAGAACUCUGAUCUGUAUGGUGCCAAGGGUGCUGGUGUUGAAAUAUAUCCGGGUAGCACAUGUAGCCUGCUGGACAAUGGCAUACACCACUGCAAGGAGGGAAUCCUCAUAAAAGAUUUCUUAGACGAGCAUUAUGACAGUCCCAAGAUAACCAUGGUGAACAAUGUGAUCCAUAAUAAUGAAGGGUAUGGAGUUGUCCUGGUUAAACCUACAGUUUCCUCUGAUGUAAAAGACAUUGCUGCCAAAAAUUCAGAAGAUUUAGGAAAUAUACAGACUAUCCAGUCAAAUGGUGAGACAGAAAACGUAGAAGAUUUGGGACAUGCAGAGCUACAUGAAUGUGCAACGGAUGAACUGGAGCUUCAUGAGAGAGCUGAGAUUUCGGAACAAACUGAAGGCAAUUAUGAAAUUGCAAAUGAACUUGUUGCUACCUCUGUAAAGAAGAGCCAGAUGCACAAGAAAAGGCUGAGUGAACUGGGAAUCAUAGAGGCCGAUGACAACAUAAUGUCUCAGGAAAUGUUUGUUUCUAUCGUGGGCAAUCAGUUCAAACGAAAUGGGAAAGGAAGUUUUGGCACGUUCCUCUUUUGACUCUCCUGACUUGCAGUGCCAUUAGGAUAGAUGAUUUGCACAAGCUGUUAUGUUCGCUGCUACUUUCAGAGAAGUUAAUUGGACUCAUCUGCUUUCCAUUAUGUUGCCAGAAUGUGAUGAAAUUCAAGAAUAUUUAUUCUUUUUAACAGUGUGCAUGUUGCACAUGUGAAGUUGCUUCCUUGUAGCGAAUGUAGAAAACAGAACUCCAAUGUGGAAACCUUGUAUGAACAUUGCUGAUCCACAAGCUCUUCCUUUACCAGCCAUGUACUUCACUUUUAUUAUAGUAUUUAUUUAACUACUAAAUGUAAAACACUUUUUAAAAAAUCCUAGGCACCAGAAUGGAGGAUGGACAACAGCUGCAGUGAUAUAGCUCCCUCCAUGCUAUUUCUUAACUGUGCCCAAAGUGGUUCUGACUUCCAUGUAAUACUGGCAUGGUCAUUCAUUAGUAUGUUAAAGGCUUUUUAAUAAUUAGGGUAUUACUCAAUCACUUAUUUAUUGUUAAGAAAUUGGGGGUUACCAGUAUUAUAGUUACAGGAUUUAUUAGGAAAUCUAUUGAACAUCUGAAAAGAUGGUAUUGCUCAAAGCAAUGUGUAUGUGUGUGUAACUUGUACUGCCUAGUGCUAAAAAUCAGUGUACCCUUUUCUUUAGCCAUAGUAGUGUUCUGAAUUGCAACAAUUUCUAAAUGAAAAGGAAUUAAAGUAACUUGUUUGUAUUUGUCAUAUUUUUAGAUCUGUAACACAAUGCUUUUUAAGUAAUAAAACAUGUUACUUGUGGCAUCAGACCAUAUUCUUAGAAAGGAAUGGAAUAUUAUCACAAAUGUAGUUUGACUGCUCAUGGAAAUUUUUAUCAAUAAAACAAAGGCAAAGCAUAUCAAAUCUAAUCCUGCCAGGCAGUCACCUCUGCUCCACAAGGUUAACUUGAGAGCUGACCCUGUGUCUUCCAUUCUUACUUGGUCCUAACUUGAAGAAAAACUUGCAUUGACUGCCUGAGUGAGAAUUUAGUCCCGUAACUGCCAUAGCAUCUUUCUGGUGUAACUUAUUGACAUUCCUUAUCCUGUUGUCCUUUAAGAUCUACAGAUUUGCUUUUUGGUAAUUUAGAAUGCAUGGAAUACUAGCAAAGAGAGUGAGGACCUGGAAGUCCUGUAAGGUGUCAAAUAAUGCAGCUUGCUGAUGAAGGGAUGAUCAAAUAUUCUUAAUGUUAGGCUGCAGAAAACUUCAAAAGAUAGCUUAGCACAAUGUAAAACAAGAAAUGAAAUGCACAGCUUGUUGAAAAAUUGAUGUGGAUUUGACUAUUUAACACUUUUCAUUCCAACCUCAAUGAAAUAGUGAUUAAAUACCUUAAUCUGUUUUAUGCAAUUAGUCAUUGGUGCCAAGGAAAAAGGAAAACCUAUAGAUUUUUGUCAGCAUUCUGUUUUGCUUACUGUAAUUUGCACUGUCAGUGGAACUGUAGAAAACUUAUUGCUGUUCCCUGCUUUCCUAUCCCACCUUUUUCAUGCUUUUCCACUUAAGACACGCAAAUUAAUAUUUAAUUUCCAUUGAUUGUUGCUGAUAAUUGAAUGCCACACAGAUCCCAAUUGCACUCCAGUUAUCUUAAUUCAUUAGGCACAGAGGAUAGCAUUUCUGCUAGUCAACAAAUAUACGGAAAUUUUGUCGUGGCCUAAGAUUAUAUAUUUGGUGUGAGUAUUUUAACUCUAAGACUUAGUAGUCUAUCUCUAAAUAAUACAUGUCACACAAACCAUUUUACUCUUCAUGGAGAUUUAUGCACAUAGAGGUGUGGUUUUAUAUCUAACUUCUAAUCUAUAUUCCUAAUUAAAGAA